CUUUUUUUUUUUUUUCCCCUUUUUCUUUUCCUCCUCCCGGGUCUCUGGAUGCUGCAAAAGGCAGGCGAUUCUUGCUUAAUUAGAGGCAACUAAGAAAUGCGAGAAAUGAGGAAGCUGCCAAGUGCAGACGGGGCUUUGGAUGGAGCUGUGCCGACCCCGGCGGCGCCGCCGCUGAGGGAGUCGCCCAGGGCGGGCUGGGUGCCCGGGGAGGGGGGGCAGCGCCUGCCCCGAGGCCGUGGGAGGGGGCCCGUUGCCCGCCGGCGCCCCGCCGCGGCCGCUGGCACAUGUGGCCGCUCCUGGCCUCGCUCUGCCCAGCUGUGAAAUGGGCACAAGGAAGCGGGCGGGCCGGCGGGGAGGGUCGGCGAGGUCGAGGCCGCGCAUGCCGUGGGCCUGGCUCCCCGGGGAGGACCCGGGUCGCCUCGCUGCCGUCACCACCGUCCGCGCCCUCCCUCCGCUCGCUGCGCCGCCACCGAGCGCGGGCAGGGGCGGGUAGGCGAUUGCAACACAGCCAGGUGUCGUCCCCUUCAUGGCCCUGCUGCUGCUGCACCGGAGGCUGGUGGCUGGCCGGGCCUUGCUGGUGAACGGCCCCGGCGCUGGCUGCCCCAUCAACAGCUUGUGCCGCUCCAACGUCCAUGAGCAGACCCGCAAGCAGGUCGCGCUGCUCAACGCCACGGCUCAGGACCUCUUCAGCCUCUAUCUGAAGUGCCAGGGAGAGCCUUUCAGCAGCGAGACAGACAAGCUCUGCAAUCCCAACGGCGUCUACUUCCCCGCCUUCCGCGUGAACCGGACGAGCGAGAAGGAGGUCAUGGUGGCCAUGUACAAGCUCUUUGCCUUCCUCAACGCCUCUCUGGGGAACAUCACACGGGACCAGGAGGAGCUCAACCCCACAGCCAAGGAGCUUCUCGACCGCCUCCACAACACCACCAAGACCACACGGGGCCUCAUCUCCAACCUCACCUGCCUGCUCUGCAAGAACUACAACAUCUUCCAGGUGGACGUGAGCUAUGGGGAGAGCAGCAAGGGCAAGAGCGCCUUCAAGAAGAAGCAGCAGGGCUGCCAGGUGCUCCGGAAGUACGUGCAGGUCAUCUCCCAGGCGGCUCGCAUCCUGCUACCUCACCUGAGCCCUGCAUGAGCGCCCAGCCCGCGGCACCUCUUGCCCCACCGCUGAGCCCACAAAGCCGCAAGAGGAUUCAGAAAGGAUGGUUGAGCCAAGACCCCUUCAAGAGAGACCUCGGUGCUGGCACCUGGCAGGGGGGACAGCUGACAGCAGGAUGGGGACCGGGCAUUCCUACAUCCCCACCAGCCCCAAGCUUGCUGCGGGGCCACCACAGCGUUGCCUGGCCCCCAAAGGUCCUUCCCUUCCAACGGUCCCUCUCGCCUUCGUAUUUAUUAUCUCCUCCUGCUCUCCCAGCCCUCCUGCCCUGGCACCAGCCCUCUCCACUGCUGCCGCACGCUUUAAUUUAUUUGAUGCUCCACGGGGGCAGCCGCAGCAAGGGCGAUGUCGCAGGGUAUCCGUGACCGUGCUCUGGGCGCAGCAGCCGGGCGCAGGGCAGGUGUCCCGCGCCAGGCUGGAUGGGCCGGUCCCCACGGGGUGGCCCUGUCCUUGCAAGGCCUGCACCGGCAGGAGGCUUUUUGGACCCUUCACUUUGGGGUCUUGUAAAUUUUGUUAAAAACGGGGAGAAUAGCAAGGGUGGGCCUCAAUCGUGGGAGCCUCUUGGAGUCGGCGCACCGCCAGGAGCGGGUCGGCGAAGCAGAGAGUGACCGUCGGAAACACCUGAACCGCUUAGCCAAAAGCCUCCUCGUCCGAGGGAUUCGCCCGCCAGAGGCCUGGAUGUGAGUGCCAGCAUCGCCAACGCACGGCACAAAGCAGCCACCGCUGGCGGCGUGAGGCCGUGCCGCGCUUAAGCCCCGCGUCUCGAGCGCCAGGUGCACGCUGAGAGGGAGCCCUGAUCCGCUGCGCGGACGGGACCCCCCAGACCAGUGGCGAGCCGGGAGCAGGCAGCGGAGGCGCCUGGCACAGGACCACGGACUUCUGGGUGCCGGCACGGCCAUGCCGCCACUUGCGCCUGGCUGAGAGCUGCCGGCCGCCUCCGGCGUGGGUCCGGAGCCAGCCGUCGUGGCCGUGGCAAGCCAAGCGGCUCUCCUGUGGAGCUAGGAAAAGCGCUUUUCCCCUCAAAAGGGGCUUGCGAAGGGAGUGCCGGCCUGUUUUGCGGGGCCGCGGCUGCGGGGCGGGAGUGCGGCCCCCAGCCCAGCGGUGCUCCUGCUGCCGCACGGUGCUGCGGAGCUCUUGGAGCUGGCACCGAGAGCCGCAUCGGGGUGCCGAGGGUGGCUGGAGCCCCAGACGGCAGCCGGCAGCUCCCAGUGCUCCGGCUGACAUGGCUGCAGCCUCGUCAGCAGGGCUCUCACCAGGCUUCGAAGCUGGGAAUUUAGCCCGGGGCCUGGCGCUUUGGGCCGGCGCCCCACUCCUCUUCCUCGCUCUUCGUCCCAGCGCGGAGAGGGGCCGGCCGGGGGCCUGGCGACGCGGUCACAGGCUGGACUGCGAGUGCUUAUUUAUUUGCUCGGGGAGGCUGGCGCCACCGUGCGUGUGAAAAGCCCAGUGUCCCCCUACCCCCAGUGCUGUGACCUGGCUUUUAAUAAUGUUAUUAAUAUAAUAAUUAUGAUAAUAAUAAUUAAUUAAUAAGAUUUGUGGUAAUAUAUAGAGAGAAGUCUAUUUAAAUAUUUAUUUUUUUAUACUUUUUUAAAAAUAAACUCUC